AUCUCCCAUUUUCUACAACACAAGAAAGGGAACCUUUUAUUACAACACAUGAUUAAUCACAAGUGAAGAAGAAACUUUUGUCCAUGAAAGUGAAAAAAUGUGGCUUCAAAGCUCAAAGGGGACUAAUAAUACGGGGAAAAAAGGCGGUCGUAAUGGCCUCGUUGCAGUAGCUAUAGACAAAGAUAAAUCGAGCCAGCAUGCGAUCAAAUGGGCCGUUGAGAAUCUCCUCAACAAGGGCCAAACCGUCAUUCUCAUUCACGUUAUCCAAAGAUCUUCUUCGGCUUCAUAUUGCAGCACAUUUGGUGGUGUUAAUGGUCUCUAUAGAACAGGUUGUGUCAACAAGCAAGUUCUCGAUAAGCCGACGAAAGAGAUUUUCCUCACCUUCCAUUGCUUUUGCACUCGCAAAGAUAUACAAUGCUUUGAUGUUGUGCUUGAAGACACCGAUAUAUCAAAAGCAAUAACGGAAUACGUCGCUCAUGCUGCGAUCGAAAACUUGGUUCUUGGCGCCUCGCGUCACGGAUUUAUCAAGCGAAUGGUAGAUGUUCCCACUAGUGUAUCGAAGGGGGCACCCGAUUUCUGCACCAUUUAUGUUAUUUCGAAAUCGAAGAUCUCCUCCGUUAAAAACGCGUCUCGUCUAGCACCAUUCGCUUCUCCUCUCACUAAUCAAAUACAGCAAAUGCACGAAAAACCUACUACCCCAGAGCCUACCCCACCCGAGCCACGCCCCAAACAAACCCCUAGCAUAGGGUACAAUCCAAACAUGUUUUCUGAGCUGCCAGAAUAUGAUACUGAUAUAUCAUUCAUAAGCUCAGACAGGCCUAGUACAGACAGGGGUAGUAUAGUCAUUGAUCCCAUGUCAAAUAUGCUAUUCGACAGCGUUGAUUCGUGCCGAACUUCGUCGAGGAUUUCGACUAGCUCCGACAGUAGUUUUGGAUCGACUCGUUCGGCCACCAAAUUCAGCGAACUAAGCUCUUGCACGGAUUUUUCGUCUUCCUCGCUCGAAAACGUAAGCCGUUUUAAUCGUGUUUAUUGCAUUCAACACCCUUGUGAUGAAGUGGAAGCAGAAAUGAAAAGGCUAAAGCUUGAGCUGCAGAAAACAAUGGAGCUUUACAGCACAGCUUGUAAGGAAGCUCUAACAGCAAAACAAAAGGCUGUUGAGCUUCAUCGGUGGAGAAUGGACGAGGAGCGAAGACUGGAGGAGGCUCGUACGUCAGAAGAAGCAGCGCGGAAAAUGGCGGAACAAGAGAAGGCAAAGUACAAGACGGCAUUGGAGAGCGCUCAAGCGGCUCAAAGAAUUGCGGAAAUGGAGUCGCAAAAACGAGUGAUCGCGGAGCAGAAGGCGCUCCGCGAGACGACCGAAGAGGGGGAUAGGGUGUUGAGUGUGGCGACUUUGAGGUAUAGAAGGUAUCCGAUUGAAGAGAUCGAGGAGGCCACCGAGUAUUUCGCCGAGUCGCGCAAGAUUGGAGAAGGCGGUUAUGGACCGGUGUUUAAGUGCUAUCUCGAUCAUACACCGGUUGCGGUUAAGGUGUUGCGCCCCGAUGCCGCUCAAGGGAGAUCGCAGUUUCAACAAGAAGUUGAAGUGUUGAGUUGCAUGAGACACCCUAACAUGGUCCUACUCCUCGGGGCAUGUCCCGAAUACGGCUGCCUCGUUUACGAGUACAUGGCCAACGGCAGCCUAGAGGACCGUCUCUUCCGAAGAGGAAACACCCGCCCACUCACGUGGCAGCUCCGAUUCCGAAUCGCCGCUGAGAUCGCCACGGGCCUCCACUUCCUCCACCAGACGAAGCCCGAGCCGCUAGUCCACCGCGACCUGAAGCCGGGGAACAUCCUCCUCGACCAGAACUACGUCAGCAAAAUCAGCGAUGUGGGACUGGCGAGGCUGGUCCCGCCGUCCCUGGCCGAUGACGUCACCCAGUACAGGAUGACGUCGACGGCCGGGACGUUCUGCUACAUCGACCCCGAGUACCAGCAGACCGGGAUGCUCGGGGUCAAGUCGGACGUCUACUCGUUCGGGAUCGUCCUACUGCAGAUACUGACGGCCAAGCCGGCCAUGGGCUUGACUCACCACGUUGACCGGGCGAUCGAGAAUGGAAACCUGGCGGAUAUGCUCGAUCCGACGGUCCCCGAUUGGCCUAUGGAGGAGGCGAUGGUGUUUGCGAAGCUGGCUCUUCAGUGCGCCGAGUUGAGGCGGAAAGAUCGGCCCGAUCUUGGCCGAGUUGUCGUCCCCGAGCUUUAUAAAUUGAGAGAAGUUGGUGAAGAGAAUAUGGCAUGUUUUCUAGUUGGUGGUGGUGGUAGUGCAAAUCCCUCUCCUAGCCAUAGCUUUGUCACUCCUACUAAUCUUCUUACAAAGGAAGUCAAGAGCGAUCCGCAUUUCCCGUCAGUUUAUAGUUGCGGUAACGAAUGUGUAAGUUCGGCAUCGCUGCCGGAAAAGUUAGAAGGAACUAAUGAUGAAUGAAAAAACUCUUAACCAUGGUUGGGUUAAUAGUAGAAGAAAAGUGAGCUCGGGCUGAAAAAUUGCUCAGAAGCUUGGUAAUUAUGGUAGUAUAUGUUUAGAUUAGUGAGGAUUGUAAAGAUUUUAAUGGCUGUUAAUAAUCCUUGUACGUAAUAUUACUAGCUAAGCCAGGAUUUU